AUGGUUGUUCUCAACACCUUAAGAGCACACUCAUUAUUUGCAAAAAAAGAGAAGUGUUCAUUUGGUUGUUUGGAGAUUCCCUAUCUGGGACAUACUAUAAAAGGGGGUGGAGUCUCUCCUGAUCCAGACAAAUUGAAAGCUAUUGUGGAGUGGCCCGUCCCAUCCAACACCUCACAAGUGAGAGCAUUCCUGGUGAUUUCAGGGUACUACAGGAAAUUCAUCAAGCGAUAUGCAUCUAUUGCUAGCCCACUUACUGAUCUGUUAUCCAAAAAUGGGUUUAGUUGGACUACGGAAGCGAACAAUGCAUUUCGUGAACUCAAAAAUCAUCUUAUCACAGCCUCUAUAUUAGCACUCCCAGAUUUCUCACAACCAUUUGUAGUCGAAACAGAUGCUUCAGGAGUGGGAAUUGGCGCUGUCUUGUUACAAAAUGAGAAACCAUUGGCCUUCUACAGCCGCAAGUUAUCGCCAGCUAUGCAGAGAUAG